AUGAGCUUCGGCGUGCCCAUCAUAUCCGCGGCGGCGGUCGCCUACCAGCGGGCGUCAGGGAUGAGCUACAGCGAGUCGCUCUACAAGGCGAGUGCGGCCAGGCGCGGCGCCGGCACCCUGCGCACGUGCUACGCGCUGGUGUGGCGCGUCCCAGGCAUCGGCCUUGCCAAGGAGCCGACCUUUGAGUCGUAUGUGGUGGCCAAUGUCGUGUUCCUUGUGGGGGUGUUCACCUUUGCGGUCAUGCUCGGUAUUGUUAGCGACGAGAUAAAGCAGGGCUUCAGGAACGCCAGAAACGGCAACUACCCGGUGCGCACCUCUGGCCAUGUGCUGCUGCUCAACUGGAACAGCCAGAGCCCCGCCAUCCUCCGCCAGAUCGCCGCGGCGCAGUCUGCCACGGGGCGCGGCAGCGGCAGCGUGCUCAACGCGUUCCUUCACGGCAACUGGACCGGCCGGCAGCAGGUGGUCAUCCUGGCUGACAAGCCAAAGGCAGACAUGGACGCGGCCGUGUUCGAGACCCUCAGGGAUCGCGGCGCGAAGCUGGAGGUGCACACGCGGCAGGGCAACCCCUUCAAACUCACUGACCUCAGAAAGGUGGCGGCCAACCGUGCGCGGUCUAUCCUGCUGCUGCACCCAGAGACCAGCCAGGGCAGCGCAGAGGCCAUCAAGGCGUCCGCCGCGAUGUGCCUCACCGCGCUGGACGUGGCGCAAGACCAGCAGCGCGUGGUGAUGCAGCUGCCCUUCGAGGCGGCGGCGCAGGACACCUACCUCAGCUCGCUCGUCAACACCGCACGCGUAGUGGGCCGCGACUUCCAGGUCGCAGCGCUGCCUGAGCGCAAGACCAUGCACCGCCUCGUGGCGCAGACAGCGGCGCAGCCGGGACUCUUCACCUGCUGGCUCGACAUCCUCACGCUGCAUGGCGCCAGCCCCCAGUUUGUGUGCAAGCCCGUGCCGCCGCAGCUGGCCGGGAAGCCCUUCGACGAGGUCCGCAGGUGA